CCUGUGACCCCGUCCAGCUUUUCAACUUUUUCACUACCUAUCCGACAGCUAGCAAGCUUGCAGGUUGGAUGAUUUGGCUACAUUGCCCGCUCACUCGUCAAACAUCAAGCAUGCGCCAUCCAUCCCAUUGAGUUGUUCAUACACUCACAUGCCUCGCGGAGGAAGAAGACUACCCCUGGAACACGUUUGUAAGUCACGUCGUCGUCGACGUCUGUAUGGUGCGAAUUUCCAUCCCAUGUCUCCGAGGCGCAGAGUCUGUGAUGCCAUGCGGUAAUAUGUCCAAAGGGGUAGCCGGACUUGGCGUCGCGAUGCAUCAUGGCACUGCGCCGAUGGUAAUGUUCCAUCCCAACAACUGCCCAUGUUUCUCUCUCAAGCCCCCUCCAAGACGGUCGCAUCGUGGGCAGAAAUGCCCAUUUCUACCGCCCCGAUUCCUUCAGUCUACAGGGAUCAAUGACUCGACCGAGCCCGCCGGCUUGGAACAUCCCUGGUCGAGGACCGAACUCUAUCUGCGUAGCAGACCGGGAAACAAUUUAAGAAGGUUUCUGCAGCUUGAUUACAGGCCGGCGCAGUGGACUCGCUGCGGGCGGCCGAUGAUCAUAUGUUUCUCUCCCACUCUCUCUCCCCCCGCUCCCCUUUCCGAUCGGUCUCGGUUCAUCCAGUGUCCGGUUCUGCCGGUCGAGCUCAUUCAUCCAUCCAUUGGAGUGCGGACGGCUCCGUUAUUCUCGGAAAUGUCUCCGGUAGGCGUGGUCCAUCUAGAGAGUGCCAAGAAAUCUUGAUAGAAUGCGUUGAAUUAGGGUGGAGGGGUAAAAGAAAGGGGAGACAGGAGCAGGAACAGGAACAGAAACAGACUCAUAAACUCAGUGAGCAUACAUAUAAAGGAAAGCUUCGCAAUCAUCCGCUUGGGGGCCGUUGCUGUAUUCGAUAAGCUACUCUUCCAGCUCAUCGUCUUCUCUAACUUUAGUCUUUCAUUGAACCCAUCUUCUCUUUUGCUUGCACACACUACACACACCGGCAAACCCACCAUGGUCCGCCUCUCCGGUCUCGCCGCCUUCGCGGCGGCUACGCUCGCCUCGAGCGCCCAGGCGCAGGUCCAGGGGAACCUCGAGACGUGCCUCGAGACGGCCGGCCUCAUCACGUCGUUCCCCGAGACCAACGCCUCAUUCCCCAACGACGUCCGCUCGUGGCAGCGCCGCAUCACACCGACCCCGGCCGGCGUCGCCUGGCCGCGCACGACGGAGGAGGUCGCCGCCGCCCUCGCCUGCGCCCGGGAGGCCAAGGUCCGCGUCGCCGCCCGCGACGGAGGCCACUGCUACGGCUCCUACAGCUUGCCCGAGGCCGGCCUCACCGUCAACAUGACGUACUUCCAGGAGGUCAGCUACGACGAGGCCUCCGGGCUGCUCACCUACGGCGGCGGCGGCCUCGUCAGCCCCGUCGUCAGCUGGCUCUGGAAGACGCACGGCGCCCGCUUCCCCCACGUCCGCGCCAACAUGGUCGGCCUCGUCGGCUCCUCCAUCGGCGGCGGCUUCGGCUCGCUGUCCCGCAUGCUCGGCACCCCGAUGGACUUCCUCGAGGGCGCCACCUACAUGCUCUACAACGGCACCGUCGUCAAGACCUCGCGCACCGAGAACCCAGACCUCUUCUGGGCUCUCCAGGGCGCCGGCAGCUCCUACGGCAUCAUCCUGAGCCUCACCACCCGCACCUGGAAGCCCGAGCACCCGCAGGCCAUCAACUACACCAUCACCCUUACCGACAACUCCCUCGAAGCCGGCGCCGACGCGCUGCUCGCUAUCCAGGACCACUACCUCUCCGGCCAGUGGCCCGACGAGCUGACGAUGCGCUGGUCCCUGACGGCUCCCCCCUACACCGGCUCCGGCUUCUACUGGGGCAACCCGGACGACUUUGACGACAUCCUCGCGCCCCUCGUCGCCAAGCUGCCGGCCGGCACGCGCCUCGACCGCACCGUCCAGGACUUCUGGGCCGUCGAGAACGUCGCCACGCCCUCCAUCGACAUCCCCAUCGACACGUUCCCGCCGCGCAGUUUCUACCUGCAGGCCCUCGUCCUCCGCGAGGACCAGCCCUUCACCAAGGCCUCGGCCACCGCCCUCUACAACUUCACCACCGUCGCCUUCAACCGCACCGACCUGACCAAGUUCGGCUUCAUCGACCUCUGGGGCGGCGAGCCCACCCGCACGCUGUCGGACGACGACACCUCCUUCGCCCACGCCAACAGCCUCUGGCUCAUCCGCUGGGAGGGCCGCCUCGCCACCGGCCUCACCGAGUUCCCGGCCGACGGCAUCCAGUACAUGCAGGACGGCUUCGAGCCCUUCAAGCAGCAGCUCGCCGCCGAGGGCGUGCCCCUGCGCGGCUUCGUCAACUACCGCGACACCGCCCUGGCCGUCGACCAGUGGAGCGAGCGCCUGUACGGCAAGAACUACGCCAAGCUGCAGCAGCUCAAGACCGUCUACGACCCGGAGGGCAUGUUCACCGCCCACCCGCAGAGCAUCCCCCUGCCGGGCCAGCAGCCGCCCGCUGCCGUCAACUAAGUUUGUGUGAUGAUGAUGAUGUUGCUAGCUGGAGGUUGACACACGGCCUCUGGAGGUCACAUUUUGUUCUUUUGUGUUGUUUAUCACUACUGUACAUAUCUCCCAAAAGUGAAGGGGAAGUACCCCUUCGAGUGUGUGCUCCGAUUUGUCUCCCUCUUCUGAUCC